GAAAGCAGGCACCCAUCUUCUCCUGGGUUUAUGGACUGGAGGUGGCAAUGUCUCCAGGAGAGGACGGUCUGAUUGGGAUCCCCUUCCCGGAGCACAGCAACGAGCUCUUGUCCCACCUCAAUGACCAGAGGAGGACAGGGCUCCUGUGUGACCUCACUCUGACCUCCCGUGGGACACACUACCCGACUCACCGCUCUGUCAUGGCUGCCGUCAGUGUCUACUUCAGACGGCUGUUUGGGACAGAGGAAGGGGGCGGUGAGGGUGGAGGAGGUUUUAGAGUGUGCCAGCUGGACUGCGUGGCACCUGACGCCCUGGAUGCCCUGCUGGAGUUUGCCUACACCGCCACCCUGACCAUCCCCAGCUCUGGAAUGAGAGAUGUUCUGCGAGGGGCUCAGCUUCUUGGCAUCCAGUGUGUGGCUGACGCAUGCAGAGACAUCCUAGGGGAGACAGCGGAGGCAGAGGGGGAGACGGCAGAAGAGCAGAGAGCCCAACACAUAGUGACAGAGAGGAUGGUGGAGGGAGAGAGGGGGGUAGAGAAAGGGUCCCGAAGAAAAACGGACAGAAAGAAAGUGAAAAAAGUUGGGUCACAUCACAUCAGCUCCUUGGUUUUGAACCCAUCACCCGCUUCCCCCGCCUCAUAUCCCUCACCUGCCUCUGACAGCUUCCGCUCCCUGCCAUCUACCCAGCCUCCCAGCCCUGAACAAGAAGAGCUCUGCCUAAAAUCUGGGCAGAACGGGGAUCCCAGGGCAAUCCGAGAGUCAGUGAGAGGGGCCACACUAAAUGGAGGGCACCUACAUUUUCUGCAUCAGCGCCCCCAUAUAACCCACCCACCUCCUGUCCUGUCCUCCAAUGACAAGCUGUCAGAGGACGAUGAGAUGGAGAGCUUUGGCGAUGAUGGUAUGCUGAUGGAAAGCACCUCCAUACCUACCUCUGUAGCUGAGCGAGGAGCUGCAGCAUCAGCAGCGGGAGGGGGGAGGAAGAGGAAGUCUCAGACGCCCCAGCAAUGCCCUGUCUGUCAGAAGAUCAUCCACGGAGCAGGAAAACUGCCUCGACAUAUGAGGACGCACACUGGAGAGAAGCCCUUCCAGUGCUCUGCCUGCGGAGUUCGCUUCACCCGGAAUGAUAAGUUGAAGAUUCACAUGAGGAAACACACAGGCGAGCGCCCCUACCCCUGCCCCCACUGCCCUGCCCGGUUUCUCCACUCAUACGACCUCAAAAAUCACCUGUCCCUCCACAGUGGGGCACGGCCCUUCGAGUGUCCACUCUGCCACAAGGCCUUCGCCCGAGAGGACCAUCUCCAGCGUCACCGCAAGGGACACAGUUGCCUGGAGCUGCGCACACGCCGCCCCAGACGUGGACCUGAGCUUGGAGAUGAUGGGAGAGGGGAUGGAGCAGGGAGCAAGCAGUCCAACCCUCUGGAGUCUCUGUCCUUACAAGCCCACUCCUCUGCAUUCCUCCCUCGCACGGUGCUGGAUGGUGGAAGUGGGUCCGGCGCCGGCCAUCCACUGAUGUUUGCAGGGGAUGGCGAGAGGGAGCGCUCUCUAGCCCUUCAGGCCCUGGCUCAAUUUGCCCCCAGCAGGCUGGCCAGCUACCCUGGGCUCUUUCUGCGAGGUCUGGAGCUGCGAGGAGGAAGAGAGGCAGAAGGAGAGGAUCCCGGAGGAACCCAUUCGCCGGCGGCGCGGCGUGACAGAUGGGCAGACGAAGUGGAAGAGGAAAUUGGAGAAGAGGAAGCGGAGGAAGAGGAGUAGUGAAAAGAGAGCGUGUGUAUGCGUGUGUCUGUGUGGUAAAGCAUCCACAUUAAAAAAAAAUCUCACUCAGGUGGCUGGACUAAUGACCUGCUGCUCCCAUGUAGAGAGCGCUUAAAAAAACAACUAAAUUAUAUUAUAAGAAAAAAAAUGGAAAACGGGUUUUCUGAGAUAUUUUAAAUGUUUGUCUUCUGGUUCUUGGCAUUUGAUUUUAUUUGUCUUUUAAGUUUUGUUUCUCGUUUGCUGUUUUAUUUUAUGUAUUUUAGGUUUGAGCUGUUUCCUCUGAUUUCCUAUUAUUUUAUGUAGCUGGACAUGCGUGUUUUGAGUUUGUGGUUACUUGGAUGCUUUUCACUAUGCAAACUAAAAUCCAGAGCUGCAAAAUGCAGGAACAUUUGGAGAGGUAUAUUUUAGUUAUAAAAUAAUGUAUUCAGGUGCAAUUCAGAAGUCAUAUCACCUUGAUCACAAAAACGAGUUUGUGUGUCCGCUGCCCUCUGGUGGUCAUCAGUGGAAAUGCAGUUAUGCAAUCUAAUGAAUCAAACUGGUUCAGUCCAUUGAAAGCAAUAAUGUUCUGUAUGUCUUUUCUUGUUAGAGAUAGAGUCUUCGCUUUGAUUUGGUGCUUAUACCAAAGAUUUAAAUUGAACUUAUUCUUUUCUUGAAUCUUAAGUUAACCGGGGUGGAGAGAGCUGAAUUGUAGCCAAUGUUGGGUUUGAAGAACUUUCCAAUCUUCUUCCCAACUGUAUUGAUAGCCAUGAAAAAGAAUCUGCUUGCAUAUCAGAGCCGUCGAGCUCUGUGAUAACGCCUGACCAAAAGAUACAAAGUCUGGGUCUAUGAUAAUAUGUUGGUUAUGUUGAAGACAAUUUUUUUCCCCCAGAGACUGUGGAUUUCAGUCUUCCAAUGCACUCAUUUGGAUUCCUUGUUUAAAUAAAAAAAAAAAUAGAAAGGGGGCAAGGUGUGGAGAUGAAUUAGAUGACUUGCCCCCAUUUUUUCUUUAUUUAUUUAUUUAUUGUUAUUUAUUAUGGAUCUUCUGCUGAAACUCGUUUUGAGAUCAAAUCCAGGGCAGGACACUUUCUUUUUUUUUAAUCAGUUCCUCAGAAGUCUUACAAGAUUGUGGCUCAUCAUCUCCAUAUACCUAAACACCCUUUAUGGGCUGCGUGUCUUCUUUUGGCGAUUCUUCCUCUAAUGCAUUCUUUGCACAUUUAACCCCCCGUCAGGUACUGCAGUAACACAGGCACAUUCCACCCUCCCGGGGAAGAGAGAAGGGAGCAGAGCAAAGAAGAUGUCAGGGGUUUAAAACCUCGGAUGUAGCUGGAACACAAAAUGACUUUCAGCAUGCUUCUUGUUUGUUAAUUCAACAUGUAUAGUACUGUAUCACACAUUAUUGCAUGGCAGUUCUUAUAGAUCGGCCACCGCUGUGUCUAAAGGGGCCAUUAACUUUUGAGUUUAUCGUCUUCUAUCUUCGACCAAAAACCUUUUUUUUUAAUUUGAUCGUGCUUUUCCUAAGACCAGAACAUUAAGGCCUGUGGCAGGUUGUAAUGCAAUCAUUAAUGGCUUUAUACGACAGCAGUUUUCCUUUUUAUUUUCAGAACCUGCUGUAGCAUUCGUGCCGGUCUGGCCUUGUGUGCACUAUCCGCUCCUUGUUGUGUAGUAAAAACAUUUGUAUCCCCAGUUUAUUUGCACUAUGAGAUUUGAGAGCUUCAAGCCUUUUGUCUGACCUUCAUCUAGUACAUUAACUUACUUGAUACCAUUUAAGAUUGUGAUUGAAAUAGACAAUACUUCUUUGAAACCCAAAUACUCUUUUCUUCUUGCAUAUUAGUACAGUUAUAUCCAAAUAUAAUAUAUAUUGGGAUGAAGUUGCCUUAGAUUUUUUUUUGUGCUGCAACUAUUCUCAGGAAAUCUUGAGCAAUGCACUAAGUGAUUAAAGAAAAUAUAAAAUGGGAAGAAAUUGUUUGGUGCUGUAGGGUGACUGACACUCUUCAUACAAAUGUAAGGCCAGUAGUUUAAAAAAGAGAUUUUUUGUAUCAUAUAAUUUUACAUUUGAAGACCAAAUUAAAGCCUCUUGUGAGGUUAAAAAUAGGCAUAAACAUAAUAGUAAUGAUUGUAAACUACUGGUCUUAGAGGAACUAGUCCUACUGGAAUAUCAGUAUGACAUGGAGGGUGUUGGUGCUCCCAGUCAGAGCUUUGUGAAUAAAUGAGGGUUAACUAAUGCCAGCUGUGAAGUGUGCGUUUCUAUGUGAGCAGUUUGUUUUCUUGGCUUCGGUAAAGGGACAUGGGGUCCGGUCUGAGCAGAGACCCCGCUAUCAGGGAUACGUUUUUGUCUUUCAGUUUUUAGUGGACCUUCUCAGAGAUAUGAAUUCAUUUCCCAUCAUUUGUUUCAGU